GCAGUGCAAUGUUUUUGUGAUAUAGAUCGUACAAAAAUUGCACAAAUUCUGGAAAGUGAACGUAUUUUAAAUCGGUAAUGAUACAUCAAAGGAAGGAAAAGUUAUCCAUUGAACGGAAAAUUUUGUCACAAUAAUGCCUCAAGGAAAGCUUCGUGGAGGAGGGCUUCGCGGAGAAGUUCAAUCCACUGUACGAGAGAGCUAUGGAGGCAAAGCAGUUUCUUCUAACUUCAAAAGCCGUGUUGUUCAUCCAAGAAAUCCUAAACUUGUGAAAGGAAGUCCUGAAGAUGACAAGCAAGCACCAUCUGCUUACAUGGCUGAAAUGCAGCUCACCACAGAUGAAAGAUUAAAGCUCACAUACGAGAUGAGGGUGCCUCAGAUCAUUGAAUUACUGGACAUGUCAGAACAGACUCUUCAGAAGUUCACCACCAUGGAUAUAGAGGAGCCUUUGUUUCAACCAUUUCCAUCUGAUAUUGUGUUCCAAAAUUUCAACCCAUUUGAGACGUACCAGGUUCCUUUACAACUGAGGAAUAAUGACAAGAUUGCUCGUCUGGUCAAGGUGACUCAGACUGAUUCUCCAUACUUCAAGAUCAGUAGUCCACAUGAUGUAGGACACAAAGUGGCUCCUGGAAUGGACACCACCUUCAUUAUACAGUUUACUCCUGAUGAGAAAAAGGACUACACCCAUGAACUCAUUUGCAUCACUGAAAGAGAAAAAUUCCUAGUACCAGUUAAGGCAGUUGGAGCCAGGGCCAUCCUUGAUUUUCCUGAUGAGAUCAACUUUGGUACAUGUCCAGUCAAGGUUAAACAUUUUGAUUGCUUUAUUUUUGUUAUAUUGAUAUUAAUAUUAUUGCUUCGUGGAGGAGGGCUUCGCGGAGAAGUUCAAUCCACUGUACGAGAGAGCUAUGGAGGCAAAGCAGUUUCUUCUAACUUCAAAAGCCGUGUUGUUCAUCCAAGAAAUCCUAAACUUGUGAAAGGAAGUCCUGAAGAUGACAAGGUAAAUGCUAAUCUUAGAGCGCUGUUGGGAAUUUUGUCGUGGUAUGAUGGAAGAAAGCUUCGUGGAGGAGGGCUUCGCGGAGAAGUUCAAUCCACUGUACGAGAGAGCUAUGGAGGCAAAGCAGUUUCUUCUAACUUCAAAAGCCGUGUUGUUCAUCCAAGAAAUCCUAAACUUGUGAAAGGAAGUCCUGAAGAUGACAAGCAAGCACCAUCUGCUUACAUGGCUGAAAUGCAGCUCACCACAGAUGAAAGAUUAAAGCUCACAUACGAGAUGAGGGUGCCUCAGAUCAUUGAAUUACUGGACAUGUCAGAACAGACUCUUCAGAAGCUGUAUGAUCAAGCCGCAGUUGCCGAGAUUGUCCUCCACAACACCGGCAAAGUGGGCUUCAAUAUGUCAGUUACUAUUUCAAACAGAAGUGAUAUAAUCGUCCAGUACAAGUGGACAAAGUUUGCAACACUCAGAGAAGAACUACAACAUAAAGACAGAUUUUAUAUGGACCUUGAAAGUGAGGAAAAUGCUGAAAAAGAUGAGUUCUUUGAAGAAUGCCUCAGUGAUCCAACUCUCAGAGAUCAAAUGUCAAUCUUGACUAGAAAAUUUAAAAACAAAAUGCAGGUUGUGAAUGAUGAUAAGAUGCUCUAUGCAGACUCAAUAGUCACCAUUGACCCAGUGCUACCUGAGAAGAGAAUUUGUGACAGAUUCCCAGUGACACUGAUUGUGAGUGUUUUUUUCUUUAGUUAUGCCAGAACUAUCUAUUGUGAUGUGACAGGAAGAGAAUCAAGGCUGCCCUUGAGAAUCAGAGGGGAUGGCACUGGCCCACAAGUGCAUUUCUCUUUGGACACAUUAGAUAUUGGCAAUGUGUUCCUGAAUUCUCAGCAUUCAUAUGAGGUAAACAGUAAUUUCCCAUCUCCUUUUUGCUGUAAAAGAGCUAUAAGUCAUCCAAUUAUAACAUACAUACAGAGCUAUAAUAUGUUUAAUGCUGCAAUUUCCACCACACUUCAACUUGCAGGUUUUGUGAAUACUCGGUACUGCACUCUGGUGAAUACUUCCCUAAUCCCCAUGACAUUCAACUUGCGUGUACCAGCUGAAGGCUGGGCCAGUGAGGAAAUGCACAGUCGUGACAAUAGCCUGAUUGACAGUAACCUCAGUGAUGUUGGUAGCACCAGCAUGCCUUCUCCAAGGGAGUUUGAUAUUUCCCCGUCAACUGGCACUAUUGCUCCUCAAGGAGAGCUGGAUGUAAAGGUGGACUUUGUGUCAACCACUGUCAAAAAGUAUGAAAUUGCUUUGGUGGUGGAUGUGGAUGGAGUUGGAGAAGAGAUUCUAUCACUUCCAAUAAUAGCCAAGUGUGUUGUCCCACCCAUUACUGUCUCUACACCAAUCUUGGAUUAUGGACGCUGCUUCCUCCAUCACCCUUAUGAGUUAUUAGUCGAUCUGCUCAAUGAGUCUGAUCUUCCUGCCAAAUAUGAGUUGCUGUCACAGGUUGUUGAAGAUGUGACACCAAUCUUGUAUUCAAGUCCUGAACCAAAGGGAAUAAUCCAGCCUCAUUCAUUCAAGAAGGUACCUCUUCAUAUAACAGCAGAGUGCCUGGAGGAAGUUACCACAAUGGCUUAUUUUAUGAUCUUUGGUAGCAGUGAUGCACCAUUGGGAGUCCAGAUUCAGUGUGUUGGUGAGGGACCUGUGGUACAUGUGACUCCCAGCCAUGUUAAUUACGGCACCAUCCCAGUCCUAACAGAUAUCUCCAAGAUUGUACAACUUUCCAACGAGUCUCUCAUUCCAGCCCAAUUUUCUUGCUCUAUGGUGCGUCCAAAUUCUCUGUUUUCUGUUGAACCAGCCCAGGGUGUUAUUUCUCCUGAGAAUGCAUUGAAACUUAAAGUGACAGCAAAUGUGGAUGAUACUGUCAAAUUCCAGGACAAGUUGUCAAUUAACAUCAGUGACAGUCAGAUCCAAACAGUCAGCCUCAUGGCAUAUGGCUCUGGAACCACCAUUGUCAGUGACCCUCCUUUAGCCCCGGCUGUCAAACUGGGUCCUCAGUUCAGUUGCCAGCCGGUAAAGAGGUGGUUUACCCUGACGAACAGUGGGCGUAGGCCUCAGCAGAUCUAUUGGACAACUGAAGGUUUCCUGCCAUACAGGACCAAAAAGAAAACUGAAUAUAACCCAGAUGACAUGAGAUUCCAGCUGCUGUCUUUUUCUCAGAGAGAUGUCAACUUCUGUGUCAUGAAGUAUCCAGAGAGUACGCUUGAAGUGGAGACCAAACAAGUUAUGAUGCACAAUGUGUCGUCACUCCCCCUCACAGUUGUGUUAGAGGCUACUUAUCCCUUUCAACUGCUUGUAGAGGAUCCACGUUGGGCGCCUGUCAAUGUCAAAUCUUCUCAAUCGGAGGUGUCACUCGGUGUUGGUGAGAAUAUUCCUGUAUUGAUCCAGUUUGAUCCCUCCUACAAAGAAGACUUUGUGACCAGAAUGUACGGAUUUAUCUUUAAAGUUGUAUUACAAUGUUUUGUUACCUUUUUACAGGACUUCGUGAAUCUGAAAGGAGAAGUGUUUUUCCCUAACCUUACAUUUGAGAUGGAGAAGGUUGACUUUGGUUGUAUUCUGAACGAUACAGAAGUGACGCAGGUGGUAACAGUCACCAAUCACAGCCCCAUGGACGUCAAGUACCGGUGGAGCUUCAUUGACUCUGCUAUACAGUUCGAAAACAAAGAGGAAGAUGAAGGAAUUGGAGGUGAGGUUGAUGAUGACAGCCAACCAGAAGACGGCAAAGAAGGAGAAGAACAAGAAGUGCAAGAAACUGACAGCGUGACCAUUGAAGUACCUGAUCAUUCUGGGUCGCCGCCUCAGCCCGCAGAAAAUGCCACCGCAUCAUCACAGGGAAGCAGACCUUCCACUACUGAGGAGCAAAGGCAACAGGAGCCAAGCCCAGCCAAUCAGCUGGCAGUACCUUGGGGACAGAGUGGAUUGAUGGGUAUUGGAAUUGAUGAGAUUUUUGACAUUCUGCCGUUGUACAGCACCCUUCACCCACACGAGAGCCAGAAAAUACAGUUCACCUUUUAUGGUCAUGCCAACAUUAGUUCCCAGGCCGUUGCUCGCUGUUCUGUCCACGGAGGGCCUGAUUAUGAUAUUGAGCUGCUGGGUCAGGCUUCCUUGGUGCAGUACUUCUUUGAUCGACAGGUCGUCGAUUAUGGCAAGCAGGUAGAUUGUGGUCAUUUGUUUAUCUUAGUUAGCCUGCAUAACCGGCGGAGGGANUGUGCGUUCAGAGCUCUUGCAGAUUCUGUUGGUGAUCUCGGGGUUCAGAUGGAAAUUGAAAGACUGCUGGUGAAGCAGUUCGCCUUGGAACAGCAGGAGUUAACAAGAACCACCUCCCUAGUGCAGACCUCUGGCUCUCACCGAACGGCAGCGAAGAAACAGCGACCCAAGGCUCAACUGAUCAGUUACAUCCUGGACUUUGGUUACGUGGUUUAUGGCACAGUUCGCUCACACGUGGUCCGAGUUACCAAUAAUGGCUACUUCCCAGCAUCAUUUGCUCCCGAGAGGGCGGCCUUAUCAGGCAGCGGAUUUGGAGUAGAACUGGACCGAGUGCGCAAUCUCCCUGGUGAACCCGAUAAUGAAAGCGUUGAGUUCAUGGUGACCUUUGACCCUAGAGCGGCUGGUCUUCCCAUGGGACCUGUUGAUGUGCACGUGCCUUUUCACGUGCUAAGCGGGCCAUCAUUUGGAUUGAGGAUCAAGGCUGUAGUGACUAUGCCAGACAUGGGCGUGUCAACAGACUCGUUAGACUUUGGUGUGGUGGAGUGUGGUAACAGCAAGGUCAUGACCAUACAGCUGCAUAACAACCAACAAGUCAGGUGUGACUGGUCAUCUGAGCCUCCAGAAGAAAAGAAGAAAAAGUCUGACAAGAUGAUUCCACUUCACCUCCGCAAGAAGCUGCGUACGGAAAAACCCAAACCGAAACACUUUGAGGUCAUGCCGCCCAUCGGCUCACUGAUGCCUGGUCAGCGGAUUAAUGUUCAAGUCAAGUUUAUGCCCACAGAAGAGGUGAGAGGCUGUUUUUUUUUUGGCGGGAAAUUAGAUGUACAGUUGCAGAUGCUUCGCACAAUGAAAGGCUAUGAUGAAUACAACACCAUCUUACUUCCGCCGCGUCUACCAGGAGACAAGCUUCCUCAAGAAGUGAUCGACGCCUUCAAUGAGCAGCAGAGAAAGAAGGAAGCGGAGGAGAAAGAGAAGGCGGCAGCUGCAACAGUCCAGGUAGCGCAAGAAGGAGGAGAAGGUACGGCCCCUCCUGUCAUUGCUACAGUGCCACCUUCUACCUCAGGGGCACGGGAUGCCGGCAAGGCUGGAAGUGAUGUUGGUGAGGGAGUGAAGGAUGACAGCAGUAGUCUUGGUGUCGGCGAACUGGAAAUCACUCCCGUCUCUGCCGCCAUUGCACGGUACCUUGGUAUUGACUUGACAGCUGAGGGGAGGGCGGCCCGUAAUAGACGUGGUAUUGCUUUAGUCGUACACGGUGCACCCUUGUCUGGUAAGACGGCCACCGCUGUAUCUCUGGCUAAGAUGUACGGAGCAGCUCUUUUGACCAUUGAUGGUGUGGUUAUAGAGGCGAUAUCUAGUGGAAACACUUCUGCUGCUCAAAGAGCCAAGGAGUUAUGUGCUUCCGCAGCGCGAGCAGCCAAAGAAGCCGAACAGACGGCUGAAUUGCAGCCGAACCAACCAACAAUAGGACUGAGUGUGGAGGCUGUAGCUGCCCUAGGUGCUGCCAGUGGACCAGCAGCUUCCACUGCAGGAUCGGUCACCGGAGCACAGUCAUUCCUGGGUAAGGAUCGCAAAACUUCCACCAUAGCUGGUGGAGGUCUCCGUGGAGGAGGAGCUGGCAAGAACAUUCCUCAACUCCAGCAGUCGCCGCCUGGUACUCCACCUCAAGCUGCGCCUCUCGGCCGGAAGCUGAGUGUCAGUGCUAGUGUGGCUGGUGAAGAUGGACUGUACAGCUGCCUACUUCCUGAGGACUUGCUUGUUGAACUGCUCGCAGAGAGGUUUCAGUUGAGUGACUGUCAAAGAGGAAUUGUAGUGGAUGGUCUGGAAUCACUGUUCAGUCCCAACAUGAUGGGUUCAGCCAAUGCUGUUCUCCGAGCCUUUAACAACCGGAAGUACAUCUUUUUCUUGACGUUGAUGUUAGAUCAGGCCAAGCUGAAGGCUGUGGAAGAAAAGAAGAAAGAAGAACAAGCCAAGCUUGAGAAACAAAAGGAAGAAGAGGAGAAGCGGCGCCUGGAAGAGAUGUCUGAAGAUGAGUACGAUGCGCUGACUGAAGAAGAGAAGGCUGAGGUGGACAGGAAACACUUGGAGCAGAAGAAAGAGAGAAGAAAACGAGAACUAGAGAGACAGGAGAGGGAGAAGAAAGAGAGAGAACUGCAGGCUUUGAUGGAGGAGAAGCGACUUGAGGAAGAGCGUGGUAACCAAAAAGGCAAACGCCGCGGUACCCAGCAAGUGGGAGGGCCUGGUGCCAAGAAAGGCCACGAUCCGAAAGAAAAGAAACCCGAGAAAAGCAGCGACAAACUGACACCGAGUCGAACCGCUGGACUGGCGUCACAAGCACAGCCCUUCGACACGCGCACCGGCGCCCCGUCAGUGAUUUCCGAGCGCUCCGACAGCAGCGAUGUUACCGACGAGAGGAAACGACUGAACAUCGCUAAGGUGCAGAAACAUCGUCAAUCUUCGGCUAUAUUACAUCCGCCGAUGAUUGCUCAAGUGGAGGAAGCGAAGCCGCCGUCAGAGGAGGAAGAGCGAGAGAAGGAACUGGCUAAAAAGUUCAAUGCUUUCGAAACCAGUCUUCGAGAUAUUGACGGUUUGCUACAAAACUGGGAUCGUACAACAGGUACUGUGGUUCGUGCGGACACUCCAAAGUCUGAAAAUUUUGAUGACACUCUUCCUGCGCCUGGAUCAACCAGACGAACUCGGGAUAAAAAGGACAAAGAAAAAGAACUUAGAGAACGAGAGAAAGAGAGGGAAAAGGAAAAAGCAAAAGAGAUGUCUGAUUCGCCGAUGUCAGCGGUCAGCGGUGAUCAUGAUGAUGACGAAGAUGGCAGUAAAAAGGACGGGGUGGGGGUGCCUCAGCUUAUUGUUGACACAGGGAGCCCCACAGAGUCACAAGCUGUGCAGACCCUGGCCAAAGGAAUUCUGCCCACUGCUGAAGAGGUGAUGGACGGCCUGGGUCUGGGCCCGCACGGUCCUCCCAUCCCACCCCCGGCCACCUUUGCUGUAGUACCGUAUCCUGUGCGGAGACGCCCGCCCCUGGGAGUAGAUCCGCCCUCCCAUUAUGUCUUCGUCGCUUCGAGUCCGGGUGAUCCAAAUGCCCCACAAGAGGACAAGAGUAAAGAAGCUGAACCAGAGGUGGAAAAGACGCCCGAAAAACCACCGGAACAUGGGCGUAAAGGUCGUAAAGACAAAGAUGACAGAGAAGGAGGUACAAAGUCCAGGAAGGAGAGGGGGAGCUCUGCUAGGAAGGGAAAAGCAGCACACGGAGCCCCCUCACCACCCCCUAGUAUUACCCCAGCAGAAGAGGACAAAAGUGAAAGUACCCUGGCGCCCAGUACCCCUCAACUCAUCAAUCACCGUUGGGUUAUUCCCGCCAAUGACACGGUCACAUUGCGUGUUCGUUUCCGGUCAGAGGAACUUGGUCAGUUCGAUCAGACACUGAACUUUGAGAUCAUGGGUACGCGCCGUCGCUAUCAGCUGUUUUGCCGCGGCGUGUGUGCUUUUCCCGCCAUUAGUCGCGAGCCGCGUGUGGUGUUCCCGCACCGCCGGAAGUACCGCAAACCGGAAGAGAUUGUGCACAAGAAGUACGUGCUGAGUAACGAGACCUUUGAAUUUGGACCGCUGCUUUGUGGAAAGACUCGAGAUCGGUACAAGGAAGGCAAGUAUCCCGAGAACAUGGAGAAGAUCGUGGUUUGUAACACUUCUCCAUUGGAGGCGGAUGUCAGCUUCUGUUUCCAGCAGGACAGUACUGCAGCUACCUUCAUCCUUGAUCCUCCCAGCAUGAAACUGAAGCCAGGCGAGAGCCAGGAUCUCGCACUAUGGGCGUAUCCGAAGACACCAGGCUUCUUUGAAGACGCAGUUGUGUGCUGUAUCCGCGAGAACCCUGAGCCUGUAGUGUUUAAAAUCUCUUGUCAUGGUGUUCGACCGGAGCUGGAGUUGGACCGAAGGCAGUUACAGUUUGACAGAGUUUUACUACACAGGAAAGACACAAAGAUGAUUUUCCUGCGUAACAGCACACUGUUGCCUGUGGCGUGGAGAGUGAAUGGAAUGGACAACCUCGGAGAUGACUUCUCGCUGACCACUGAACAUGGCGUUAUCGAUGCCAAGUCAGAGUUUGCUCUUCAGAUGCACUUCAGAGCUGUACGGCCGACUAACGUUAAAAAGAUCGUGAGGCUGGAGGUGUCGGAUGUGGAACAGAUCAUGGGUCUUGUGCAAGCAGAGAACAUUCAAGUUCACGCCGAGUCUUACGACGUGGCUUUGGACAUGAGCUUCCCUAAAGGUGCCGAUGGUGGUCUGGACUUUGGAGUUCUCAAAGUGUUAGACGAAACAAAGCAGACGUGUUCUCUGAAGAACAAGGGCAAGUUUGAAAUCAACUUCAACUUCGCUUUUGAGGCUACAGAUGGCUCGCCAGCAGAUGUAGAAAAGCUGUUCACAGUGAUACCAAACAGGGGUCCCUUGUUACCCACAGACCGCCCAACCCAAGUGCAGGUCAUCUUCAGGUCCAAGAGCGAGAUAACAAUUAAGGAUCAGCCAAUACUGAAGUGUCAGAUCGUAGAGCCUCACCUUAGUGAAGGCGGGGAAGUAAUCGCCAGCAUUCCCAUCAAAAUCAGCGUGCGCUCCGUGUACAGUAAAUACGCGGUCUCACCGGUCAGCGACAUCAACUUUGGUGCCAUGCUCAUCAACACCAAGAAAACCCGGGUGUUCACAAUAGAGAACAAGGGGGAGUUUGACUUUCGGUACUCAGUCCUCAAGAUGAUCAACACGGUCUCACAGGGACGCCAGAGACUGGGACCGCCUGCGAAAAGAGCCAAGUCACGUGAUGGGUCUAGUUCUGGGAGAUCGCAACAGGAUAAACCGGCUAAACCGAAGAGAGCGGAUUCAGUUAGAGGAGCCGAAUUAACCACUGGCGCACCAAACAUUCGUCUUCAGCUUGGUAUGUUCACAGUUUACCCAGCUGUUGGGAGCGUGCAGGCAGGAAGUUCCGUACAGGUUACUGUAGAUAUGAUCGCCGAAAAUCCAGGAUUCUCCGAGGAGGAUAUAGCCAUUGACAUCUCGGACCGUCCACCAUCCGACCACCCACAGGGAAUCCCCUACAAACUGAUCGGAGAAGCGUGCAUCCCGGGAAUCAACACCAUCGCAGACGACACCGUCGGUUCGAUAUUCGAAGAACACUUGAUCGUCAAACAGCUGAACCUGUUCCAGUACUUGACGCACGACCUGGCGAGUGGCGCUGGGGUUUAUGGAGAGGACGAGAACAAGUUUUUAUUUUAUAACACGAUUGUUGGACGGAAAGCCAGAGCCAGGUUUAGAAUCAGUAACCCAAACAAGGUACCAUGCGACUUGGUUCUAUCCGUGAAACCGCAGUCUAUGAAACCAUCUGCUCGCUGGCACGAUGUUUACGAGAUUGAGCCUCAGCGUGCGUCGAUUCCAGCGCACAGCUAUGUGUACGCCUCCGUGACCUUCACUCCUCCAUCCAUGCAAACCUACAACGCUACGCUGGAAGCUGCUGUGGAUGGAAUGCCCAGCGCCAUGUCGAAGUACCGCAACCUAACGUUUGACAUCCAGGGCGAAGGAAACCUCCCCAGAAUAUCCGUGAUCCGCCCCACUGUGCGCAACAAGAAAGGCGCCCCUGUCUUGCUGUUCCGGCGACUCUUAUUGGGACGCACUCAAGUUCUGCCACUCUCGCUCAAAAACGAAGGCACAUUGAUGUCCCGAGUGAAUUUCGAUUUGAAAGAUCCAGAAGGUGUUUACAACAUUUCAUGCGUCGAGGGCACGAAGACUCUGAUGCCGCUGGACGAGGGCGAUGAUGACGCUGAUCCAAAGUCGCGUGUUCACACGCUGUCUCUGGUAGUCCCCAUGGGGAAGACAGCAGAUUUUGCUAUUGAGUUUAGCCCCUCUCUAGUGGGGCGUUUGGCAGGCGAGAUCAGGCUGACAGUGGUUGAUAAUCCUUACGAGGAAAGUACUGUUCAGCUGAUAGGAGAAGGAUAUGAAGAUGAAGUGACUAUAGAUAACAUAAGGUCCUUUGUAAACACUGAAGAGAUGGCUGCCGCAGAUGCGGAGAUCGACGAUAACACUCCAGCAUCAAGAGAAAACCACGUCAAAUUUGGCGACUGUGCAGUGGGUGUGUCCAAACAGCUGUCAUUCACUCUGACAAACCAUUCCUCCUCGGAUCCAGUCCGUUUCACGUGGUCUCCGCCGCCCGAGAUCUCGUUCUCUCCGUGCACUGGUCACCUACAGCCAAACUGCGCCAAAGAUGUGACAGUGACCUUCUGUUCCAAGGGGCCCAAGACUUAUUCAGCAUUCAACGUACCUUGUAAAGUCACCAAAAUCAAGCUAGGAGAAGCACAAGACAAGGCGGUAGACUGGGACGACCGCAUGCGUACUGUAAAGUGGGUAGACGUGACACCCGAGGAGGACCCUUCAACUGGCACGAGAAAGGCCCCUCGACCGGCUAAGAAGAAGAUUAUUGAGGUGGAAAAUGAACCUCCCUACACGCCCCUGGAAAACAGCACCAAGGACGUGGAACUGCUUCUCAGCGCUGUGUGUGACUUUGCAAAGUACCGCUGCAAAAUAGAGAACAUUCACUUCAAAGAUACAGUAAUGUUUCAGUCACGAGUGUAUAGUUUUACAUUGUCUAACAAAGGCGAUGUUCAACUCGAUUACCAGUGGCACUUUAGUCCAUUUGAGAAACCAAAGACAGUCAGUUUGGGUGAACCGCUGGAAGUACGACCCGACAGACCCCCAAGCUCUGCGGGACAAUCCAGCCGGCACACGGGUCGUCCCUCUACCUCAGCGGGGGAGUCCUCAGUACAGCCCCAAACACGUGUACCAGUGAUGAGCCAACGUCCUGGGUCCUCUAUGGGUGGAAGGCCCCCAAGUGCCCUGGCUCUUGCGUACGAGGCAGGUAGUGUAGUGAGUGAAGGAAGUGACGUUUUUCCUUUCGUGGUCGAGCCGGAGAGUGGAAGCAUCCCUGCAGGAAAGAAGGGUAGCUUUGUCGUGAAGUUUUCACCGCUAGAUGUCUCAGAGUAUGAAGCUGUGCUGAACUUCAGUGCUACCAACCUCCCGCCAGACACAGUCGGCUUUUCCAUUCCAGUUCGAGGGCGCAGUCUUCUUCCCUACUGUCACUUUGAGCUGGAGGAGUCAGAUUACGUAUCCGGUGGGAGACGAAACCCCGAGCUGAAAGGUCCGGGCGGGGCGCCCCCGGGCUCUACCCUGGAUCCAAGUACCAAGGUCAUUGAAUUCAAAUCGUGCGGAGUCAAGGUCAAGAAUAUCAAGCGAUUUAGUGUGAUCAACCCCACGAACACCAACUACAGUUUUGUGUGGACCAAUGAGGACACGCUGGACGGUGCUCCUCCAGAAACAGUCAACUUCCGGUGCCUGACUCCUGAGGGGAGUAUACUGAGUGGCAAGAAGCAUGAGAUGGUGUUUGAGUACGUGUCUGACUCGCUCGACUUGGUGGAGUCGUUCUGGCGGUUCUUUGUGCCUGAAUAUAACAUCUCCAUUCCCUUUGUUAUGGUUGGACACACGUUUGAGCCCGCGCUCUCCUUUGACAGAUCUCAUAUCAACUUCAGAGAGAUGUUGCUGGGUCACCCUGCAAAGGAAACUGUACAACUGGUGAAUGAAGAGAACAUUCCAUUCACUUUUUCAUUCAGUGAAUCGUCUUGUCACACAGAAGGAUAUGCCUCUAGUCUGACUGUUGAACCAAUGUCUGGUACUAUUCAGCCGAAGGCCAGACUGCCAAUCGAGAUCUCCUUUACAGCAACAGAACAGAAAGAGGUGAACUUCAACGUUCUUUGCCACGUGAAAAAGAAGACGUCUCCCCUGACCUUGAACGUGAAAGCAGAAGGGUACGCCAUGAACGCUCAGCUGAUCUGUGAAGACUCUCAGGGUACCAAGGUAGAGCUGACGUCCAAAGGCACCAACAGGAUCAACCUUGGAAUGGUUGAGAUCAACGAGAAAGCCACACGGCAGCUGUUUGUCAUUAACUCAGGAAGGUUCAACUUCGACUUCUCUUGGGAGAUUCAUAAUCGAACCAAGCUCAAGGGGCUCCGGGUCGCCGAUGGGGAGAAGUUAGUGUCGGUGACCCCGGAGAGCGGUACGGUACCGUGCAGUACCCGUAAGAGGUGCCAGUUAUCUUUCUGUCCCCCCGGAAGACUCUCUUUGGCAGGAUGUGAUCUGCUGUUAAAGGUCACCAACGGUCCCACGUUCACCAUCAAUCUGACUGGUACGGGUGUGCAGCCAGGACUGAACUUCUCUUUCGUAAGGCACGACUUUGGUCCGUGUUUCCUGUACCGUGCCGGAAUGCCUCUCAAACGAACCACACUCAUCAUCAAGAACGAGGAUACUAAGGACAUUAGUAUCGAGAGUCAAUAUGAGAAUUGUGCACACCUGGAGGUACAUUGUCAGCCCGGAGUCCUGAUUCCUAACCAGGCCAUGCAGGUGGAUAUCGUGUUUUAUCCCCGGGAGGCCAGGAGAUACCACGAGACAAUCCCAUUUGAGAUCAACGGUCUGUCCACCAUGAAUGUAGAGAUAUUUGGCGAGGGCACUGACAUGAAGGUGGAAGUGGCCAAUCCUUCGGACAGGAAGGUGAACUUUGGCGCCUUGCGUGUCGGUCAAACGAACCAGCGGAAUCUGAAGCUAGUGAACCGCAGUCCUGCACCAAUCACGUUCACUCUAGCUAUCACGCCAGCUGUGGUGGCAUUACAGCAGGCCAAUAUUCUCACUAUCAACCCGUCCACGGAGAUCACGCUUAGGGCCAAUGGUGGAUCAUGUGGUGUAGAACUGACGUUCAAACCCAAGACACGCAUACCUCAUUUCACUGAGGAGGUGAUGCUGGAGUGUGCUGGUAUGUCUCAGCCCAUCUUUGUGGUAACAGGUUCAUGUCAAGGAAUAGAAAUUUCUUUGGACAGUGACUCGGUACCUUUCGGCGCGGUGGUGCUCGGUAGUCGAAGCACAAGGAAACUAAUCAUGCACAAUACUGGAGACAUAGGAGCAGCCUUCAAUUGGAAUAUAGAUAAGUUUCAACCCGACUUCUCCAUCUCACCAGCUAAAGGUUAUAUUUCACCCGGCAUGGAGGUGUCAUUUGAGAUCCUUUUUCAUCCGACAGUGGUUAAUCACGAUAUGAGAUACGAGAAUCUGCGUUGCGCCAUCGAGGGAAGCAAACCUCUGAAACUGGUUCUGACGGGUAGCUGCAUUCCACAAACGCCCCUCAAAGAGGUUCUUCACUUUGCAACUCAUGUUCGUACACGCGACACGCGAAACCUUGUUAUCCAUAACCGGACGAACCAGUUGUGGAUGUUACGUCCCGUGAUAGACGGUGAAUACUGGUCUGGUCCUGACACAAUCACUGUAGAGCCACAGCAGAGUAAGAACUACGAGUUAACGUACAGACCACUUACCAUGACCCAGGAGGGAAAGAAACACAUGGGCUCUGUAUUUUUCGCCCUGCCGGAUGGUAACGGCCUCCUGUACAACGUGACAGGAAACGCAGAAGGUCCUAAGCCUAUUAACAACCUACAGAGGGAAGUGCCUUGUAAGACUCCUUACACUGAAAUGCUGACUGUCACGAACUGGUUGAGACGUCCCCAGAGAUUCCGUGUUAUUAUAGAGAUGCUAAAGCCUGAUAAACCAGACAGUGCGACAACGCUAAAGGGACUGGACUAUAUUGAUGUCCCGGGGCUUUCCAAGCGGGAGUACAGGCUGAACUUCUUUGCUCAUAAAGAGGGAACUUUCAGUGCCAAGAUAUGCGUAAGCCUGAUAAACCAGAUAAUGCCGGCUACAAUGCUAAAGCUAAAAAAGGGGCUGGACUAUAUUGAUGUUCCGGGGCUUUCUAAGCGGGAGUACAGGCUGAACUUCUUUGCUCAUAAAGAGGGAACUUUCAGUGCCAAGCAUGUUCCCUUGUGGCUAAACAGAAAAAAAUGUGUUUUGGCGAAGCCUCCUCGUUUGUCUAGGUCCUUACUACCAGAAGGUUAUUGCAAAUUCGGCCACUCGUGCCUAAUGUCCGCAUUUAACUUGCAGCUGAUUUUCCGUAACGAACAGAGCGGAGAAUAUCUGUUUUAUUACGUGACAUUCAAGGCAGUUCCUCCUGGAGUGAUGGCAACCAUUGAUCUGUCCACGCCCAUACGAAAGAGCACCUCACAUGUGGUCACGUUACACAAUCCCCUUAGUACCCCUGUUACAUUCAACUCUCAAUGCUCUGUUGCUGAUAUCCAGCUGCCACCAAGUUUCACUGUUCCGCCCUUUUCAGACGUCAGUACCAAGUCCAUUACACGUGCAAAGGGCCUAUUCUCGUCUUUUUAUCCUCAUUUGCAGGGUUCGUGUAUGUUUGAAUACCUGCCUCUAAAGGCUGGUGAACUGACUGGCCGACUGUCCUUCAGCAGUUCAGAAUUGGGUGUUUAUCAGUACGAUCUCAACCUGACCGCUACGCCUGCUGGCACGGAGGCCCCAGUCCACUUUCGCGCAGGCCUUGGGACUAGUCAAAGCCAGACGUGUCGGUUUGUGAACUUUGCCAAGUCUAAAGUCGAGUACAGCUGCAAGGUGGAUAACACGGACUUCCACGUUGAAAAGAACAUCACCGCAGCCUCGGCGUCAAGUGGAGGAUACAUGCUGUGCACCAUUUUUUACUUUCGCGCACGCGUGCAUCAAUGUUUGCAUUGA